AGGGUUUUGAAGGAGACUCGGCAGGCAGCAAUGGCGCUGUACCUUUUGUACGAAUCAGCGUCGGGUUAUUCACUGUUUUUAGCAGGUGGGUUGGAUGAAAUUGGGCAGAACACGGACGCUGUUCGGAGCUCCGUUACUGAUUUCAACCGCUUUGGCAAAGUAGUACAGCUCGCAGCUUUUAGCCCUUUCGAGUCCGCUCUUGAAGCUCUUAAACAAUGCAAUUCCAUUUCCGAAGGGCAAAUGACUGAUGAGCUAAGGAACUUCUUGGAGAUCAAUCUCCCAAAAGUGAAGGAAGGUAAGAAGGCUAAGUUCAUUCUGGGCGUUUCAGAGCCUAAGCUGGGGUCGCAUAUCCAUGAAGAAACUAAGAUUCCCUGCCAAAGCAAUGAGUUUGUUCUUGAGCUCCUUCGUGGCGUGCGUUUACAUUUUGACAAGUACAUUAAAAAUCUCAAGACUGGUGACUUGGAGAAAGCUCAACUUGGUUUGGGACACAGUUACAGCCGAGCUAAGGUCAAGUUCAAUGUUAACCGUGUUGACAAUAUGGUUAUUCAGGCAAUCUUCCUUCUUGAUACCCUUGAUAAGGAUAUUAAUUCCUUCUCCAUGAGAGUAAGGGAAUGGUACUCUUGGCAUUUUCCUGAAUUGGUGAAGAUAGUCAAUGACAACUAUCUAUAUGCUAAAGUUACAAAAUUUGUUGAUGACAAGUCAAAGUUGGCUGAAGAUUCUUUACCAGGCCUAACUGAGAUUGUCGGGGAUGAUGAUAAAGCAAAGGCAAUCAUAGAAGCGGCCAAAGCAUCUAUGGGACAGGACUUGUCACCAGUUGACUUGAUUAAUGUCAAGCAAUUUGCACAAAGGGUGAUUGAUCUUGCUGAGUACAGGAAGACACUCUAUGAUUAUCUAGUUGCUAAAAUGAAUGACAUAGCACCAAAUUUGGCUGCACUCAUUGGUGAAGUUGUGGGCGCUCGCUUGAUUUCUCAUGCUGGAAGUCUUACAAACCUGGCAAAGUGUCCUUCUUCUACACUUCAGAUCCUUGGUGCUGAGAAGGCACUCUUCAGGGCACUGAAAACUCGAGGAAACACUCCAAAGUAUGGUCUUAUAUUUCACUCAUCUUUCAUUGGUCGGGCUUCUGCUCGUAAUAAAGGACGAAUGGCUCGUUAUCUAGCAAACAAGUGCUCAAUUGCAUCUCGCAUUGAUUGUUUCUUGGAGAAGAAUACCAAUGCCUUUGGUGAGAAACUCCGUGAACAAGUCGAAGAGAGACUUGACUUUUAUGACAAGGGGGUUGCACCUCGUAAAAACAUUGAUGUGAUGAAGGCUGCUUUAGAAAAUUCUGAAAAGAAAGAAUUGGAAAUGGAUGUUGAUGAUGCACCUGAUGAGCCUUCAGUAAAGAAAAGCAAACAAAAGAAGUCAAAAGCCCAAGGUGCAGAAGAUGGUGAAGCCAUGGAAGAGGAUAAAACUCCAGCUGUUACAAAUGGUGAUGCUUUUGAUGAGCCUAAAACUGAGAAGAAGAAGAAGAAAAAGGAGAAGCGAAAGUUGGAAGAGGAGUCUGAGAAGGAUCGGGCUACAGAAGAUGCAAAUGGUGACAAUGGAUUGACCGCAGAGGAUGGAACAGCAAAGAAGAAGAAAAAGAAGAAGAGUAGGGAUGAAGAUGGAGAGACUCUAACUGGUUCUAGUGAAGGUAAAAAGAAAAAGAAGAAGAAAUCAAAGAGCAAAGACGAUGAAUGACUUGUGUAUGGUGUAAUUGGGUUAUAAAGCUGCUGCCUUCUAUGUGGCCCUUGCUUAUUUCAUGUUGUAUUUACUAGGAGAAGAUUUAUGCCCCUGUUUACUAAGUCAGCUUCAGGUUGCUCUAAGCUAGUACUUUUAGGUACGAGUAAGUUUCGUUUUCUCCUUUAUGACCUCUAUGAUUGGUGGACCUCGUUGCUAGUGAAAAUGAUGGUCAUAAUUUUGGAUUCCUUCUGCCAAAUACAGCAUUUGCUAUUCUGGUUUGGACUGUUAGCCCUUGCUUGUAUGAUAAUCCUAUUUUAUUUUAGCUUAAAAAA